AUGAUCAUACCAGUACGUUGUUUUUCAUGUGGUAAAGUUAUUGGAAAUAAAUGGGACUUGUACCAAUCAUUAUUAGAAAAUGACUAUUUAGAAGGGGCUGCAAUGGAUGCUAUUGGACUUUCUCGUUAUUGUUGUCGCCGAAUGAUCCUAACACACACGGAUUUAAUUUCAAAAUUACUACAAUAUAACCCACAAGAAAGAAAUCGAGAAGAGUCUAGAGGACAAUUCCGUCAACAAUCGUCAAUUUUUCCGAUUAAUCGCGGACCUUCAAGUAGUGGAGGUACGCCAGCAAGACCUACAUAA